AUGGGUAGACAGCUCAGCUCAGUCCCGGCCGAGCAUCCCAGCAGCCCUACACUCGGUAUGCAGCACGGUCCGAGAAACGAAACACGUCUUCUUCCGUAUUGGUUGUCGAUCAUAGUACCCCCGUCUAGGCGGCCUCCAGGGAAUAAGGGGACUGGACUUGGUGUUUCUCCUCCCGUUCUGUCUUGUUCGGGUUGCUGUUGUGGUAUGAACGAACAACCCGUUUACCUUACUUACUUUGGCACUUUUUUUUCUCUUUUUUUUUUUUAUCAUCGUUUGCCAUCGAAUUCGGUCUGUACCGCUUCGCAAAUCUUAACUACAGUCAUGGAGUCCAAGCUUCCAGACGAGAUGAAAGCCGUCAUCAUCCAAGGCCGCGGUCAGGCAGCCAUCACCACAUCGGCGCUGCCAAAGCUGAGAGAUGGCUACAUCCUCGUCAAGAUCGCGGCCGUGGCCAUCAAUCCAUCGGACUGGAAGCACGUCGACUUUAUGUGGGUGGGGGAUCCCACCGGCACUCGUCCGGGACUGGAAUAUGCCGGUGUUGUCGUCGACGUCGGCCCGGGCGUCGACAAAGAUUUCAAAGCUGGGGAUAGGGUUUUCGGCAUCAUCAAUGGCUCAAACGUGAGGCAGAAGGAGGACGGCGCCUUUGCAGAAUACGCCGUGGCAAAAGCCGCCCUCCAGAUGAAGAUCCCAGAUCAUGUCGAUGACACGGAGGCGGCAGCCAUUACUUCCGGUCUCGUGGCCGUGGGACAAGGACUUUACCAGGCCUUGGAGCUUCCGCUUCCCACCAGCCCAUCACCGGAGCCGAUCCCUCUCUUGAUCUAUGGCGGAAGCACAGCAUCAGGCAUCAUGGGCAUCCAGUUCGCCAAGUUGUCCAAUUGCACCGUCGUUGCGACAUGCUCGCCAAAGAACUUUGAUUACGUCAAGUCGCUCGGCGCCGACUUUUGCGUGGACUACAGAGCGGAAGACUGCGCCGAGCAGAUCAAGGCUUUCACCAAGGGAAGACUGCGUCAUGCCUGGGACUGCAUCGCUACCGCGCAGUCUGCCCGAAUCUGUGCCGCAGCCAUGUCGAUACGAGGCGGUCACUACAGCAGCUUACUAUACCUGGUCCCGUCCAUCGUCAAGAAGAUCAACCCCAAGAUCAACUGCUCUACCACGCUGGGAUACACCAUCCUGGGAGAGACCAUUGAGAAGGAGACGGUCAUUGAGCCGAGGCCCGACGACUACGAGUUUGGCAAGAUGUUCUGGGGUGUCAGCGAGAAGCUGCUGCAAGAAGACAAAUUCCGCCCAGUCCGGCAGAUUAUCAACGAGGGCGGCGAUGGACUAGAAGGUGUAUUGCAUGGUAUUAAGUACUUGAAGCAGGGGAACGUCAGUGCUGGAAAACUAGUCUACACGAUUAAUUGA